CUGGCAUGGCCCAAACGUGAAAUGUCAAGUCAACAUCAACUCGACAUCUUCGUUGCUGCCAAACUAUGAAUUGUCCUUCCAUCUGUUGCUCCUAAUUAUUACCAAUAUACCCCUUACCGCAGUUAAUCAUGGUCGGCGCACUUUUACCCCAGAAGCGGGUAUUCGGUGAGGCGUCGAGCGCCCGCCGAAAUAUCGACUCCUCCCCCGCCUCGAUGAAGAAACGCAAGCUCGAAGGCGUAGAGACUCCCAUUUCGCGACUUAAGUCGUCACAGAAUGGACCGAAGGGCAAGCCCGGCUCCAGCCAGCCGAGUCAUUUCGAGUCGGAGGUGUUGGAGAAGUUGACGCAGGAUAUGACAGGAUUGAAGAAUAAGAAUUCAGAGAAGGACCAACAGUGGGACAGGCCGACCCUGGUCGAUUUCAACUCCGAGACCGACAACCUGAUCUUUCAGCAAAUAGAGGCUGAGGAGGGCACACUUCAUGGUGGGAAGGCGACGGUGAAGCUGUUUGGUGUCACAGAGACGGGACAUUCAGUGAUGUUGCACGUUACGGAUUUUCUACACUACCUCUAUGUUGCAGCGCCAGUAUCGUUCGUGAGAACCGACUGCGAGAGCUUUAAAGUCUUCCUCGAAAGCCAAGUAGCACAACACCAACCCGCAAUCCACUCAGUACAGAUUGUGAUGAGAGAGAACUUAUACGGGUUCCAAGGCAAUCAACAGAGCCCCUACCUGAAGAUUACAGUUACGGAUCCGAAGUUCAUCAACAGGGUCAGGACAACCAUUGAAGGCGGAAAUGCGAACUGGAAAGGGAUGUGGAAGGGAGCGGACGGCGGGAUUUUGACGUUCGACAGCAUCCAAUAUGUGUUGAGGUUCAUGGUCGACACAAAAAUGGCCGGUAUGUCAUGGGUGGAAGCUCGUGCUUCGAGUUACAAGAUGAUCAACGCCAAUGAACGGCAGUCAAACUGUCAAAUCGAGGCAGAGAUUGGAUACCGGGACCUUAUCGCCCACAAACCGGAGGGAGAAUGGUCCAAGAUGGCCCCGCUUCGCAUCCUGUCCUUUGAUAUCGAGUGUGCUGGCCGCAAAGGUAUCUUCCCAGAGGCAAACCACGAUCAAGUCAUCCAGAUUGCGAACGUUGUCACCAGGUAUGGUGAGAAGAAGCCAUUCGUCCGGAAUGUUUUCUGUCUGGAUACCACCAGCCUCAUCGUCAAUACUCAAAUCUUCGAAUUUCAAAGGGAAGAGAAGAUGCUGAUGGCAUGGAGAGACUUCCUCGAAAAGGUUGAUCCUGAUAUCAUCAUCGGAUACAACAUAUCCAAUUUUGACUUCCCGUACCUACUGGACCGUGCAAAGCAUCUUAAGCUUGGCGGUUUCGACUACUGGUCUCGUCUUCAUAGUAUAAAGUCGGUGGCGAAGGAGUCGAACUUUUCCAGCAAACAGAUGGGGAACAGAGAUACGAAGGCAACAAAUACAAACGGACGACUUCAACUGGAUUUACUACAACUUGUCCAGAGAGAUCACCAACUGCGAAGUUAUACGUUGAAUUCUGUAUCUGCUCAGUUUCUCGGCGAGCAAAAGGAAGAUGUUCACCACACCAUGAUCACCGAGCUGUUCAAUGGAACCCCUGAAUCACGAAGAAGGUUGGCAGUGUACUGUCUGAAGGAUGCGUACCUACCACAACGACUUUUGGAGAAGCUCUCCUGCCUUGAAAAUUAUACCGAGAUGGCUAGGGUUACUGGUGUCCCGUUCAAUUUUCUGCUUUCUCGCGGACAACAGGUGAAAUUCGUCAGUCAACUAUUCAGGAAAGCGCUCGAACAGAAGUUAGUUAUACCGAAUCAGCGGACGGAAGCCUCUGGCGAGCAGUACGAAGGAGCGACAGUUAUCGAGCCUACGCGAGGGUAUUAUGACGUGCCAAUUGCGACCCUUGAUUUUGCUUCUCUGUAUCCAAGUAUUAUCCAGGCUCAUAACCUGUGUUACACCACCUUAUUGAACAAGGCCAGCAUUGACAAACUCGGCUUGAAGAAAGACGAAGACUAUAUUGUUACCCCGAAUGGCGAUAUGUUCUGCACAGCAAAGCAACGGAAAGGUCUUCUGACCCAAAUUCUGGACGAAUUGCUUACUGCAAGAAAGCAAGCCAAGAGGGAGCUGGCUGUUGAGACAGACCCUUUUAAGAAGGCUGUGCUGAACGGUAGACAGUUGGCGCUGAAGAUUAGCGCCAACUCCGUCUAUGGACUGACAGGUGCCACUGUUGGAAAGUUGCCCUGCUUAGAAAUUGCAGGUAGCACAACCAGUUAUGGACGUCAAAUGAUUGAGAAGACAAAGGCCGAAGUGGAGGCAAAAUACACAAUUGCGAAUGGCUAUGCACACGACGCACAGGUCAUCUAUGGUGAUACUGACUCAGUCAUGGUGAAGUUUGGCACAAAAGAGUUGGCCGAGUCGAUGAAGCUUGGUGAAGAAGCUGCACGAUACGUAUCAUCAAAGUUUGUCAAGCCUAUCAAGUUGGAGUUCGAAAAGGUCUACUUCCCGUACCUUCUCAUCAACAAGAAGAGAUACGCUGGACUGUACUGGACGAAUCCGGACAAAUACGACAAGAUGGACACCAAAGGUAUCGAAACCGUCAGGAGAGACAACUGUCGGUUAGUGCAAACCACUAUCGAGACGGUCCUCCGCAUGAUUCUUAUCGACCAAGAUGUCCAAGGCGCCCAAGACUACGUUAAAGACACUAUUUCGGACCUGCUUCAGAAUAAAGUCGACAUGGCCAAGCUUGUCAUCACCAAGGCGCUUGCCAAGGCCGAUUACGCCAACAAGCAAGCGCACGUCGAGCUCGCUGAGCGCAUGAGGAAGCGCGACGCCGGCUCAGCCCCAACUCUAGGCGAUCGAGUGGCAUAUGUCAUCAUCAAGGGCGCAGCAGGCGCCAAGAACUUUGAGCGCUCCGAGGAUCCGCUCUACGUGCUCGAGCAUAAUGUCCCCAUUGACACGAAGUACUACCUAGACAACCAACUAGCCAAGCCCCUCGGCCGAAUUUUCGAGCCCAUGCUCGGGGAGACGCGGGCGCGCAGUUUGUUGACGGGAGCACAUACGCGCAGCGUGGCUAUUGCGGCGCCUAGUGUCGGUGGGCUGAUGAAGUUCGCAAAGAAGACGAGUACGUGCAUGGGGUGCAAGAAGCCGCUGGUUGGGAAGGAGGAGAGCGGGAACGCGGUGUGCAAGAACUGCGCGCCGCGUAUGGGCGAGCUGUACACGAAGACGCUGACGAAGGUGAGCGAUCUUGAGGUGCGGUUUGGCAGGCUGUGGACGCAGUGCCAGCGGUGCCAGGAGAGUAUGCACUGCGAAGUUAUUUGCAGUAGUAAGGAUUGUCCCAUCUUUUACAUGCGCAUGAAGGCGAAGAAGGAUGUGGAGGAUGCGGGGAAGGAGUUGGCGCGGUUUGAUAAGGAUGCUGCGGCCUGGUAAGAGAGGGAUAGUGCAUUGUUUUUUGGGAUUGGGCAAUGUAUGCAUAUGGAAGAGAUGGAGAGGGAGUUACUAGUGCGGAUGAUACAGUGUUAUCUAGAUAAUAUAUCUCUGGCGCCAAGAAGAGAAUAAUGAAUGAGACGGAUUAUACUCU